AUGCAAGCGGCUGAUACGGUGUAUCUAAACCAGGCAGAUGUGGCGAAAUCCACGAAUAUAACUGUACUCGGAGCCGGUUGCGAAGUGGGUCGUUCAUGCGUCUUCGCAGAGCGUGGCGGAUACAAUGUCAUGUUCGACUGUGGCCUUCACCCUGCAUUAUCGGGGGUGGGAGCUUUGCCGGUGUUCGAGGCGAUCGACCUAUCGAAGGUGGAUGUCUGCCUCAUCACCCACUUUCACCUCGACCAUUGCGGCGCGGUGCCGUACCUGUUAUCGAAAACUGCUUUCAAAGGGCGCAUACUCAUGACAUACGCUACGAAAGCCAUAUGCCAUCUACUGUGGACGGAUUAUGCCCGUAUGGAGCAGCUGCAGACGGUGAAAUCCAUAUUCGACCGGAGUGGGCCGAAGAGUGACCAAGCAGGACCCGACCAAAAGGAGGGGCUCAUGGACGAACUGAUAUGCGGUUCGGGCUUGUACUCCUUCGAAGAUGUGGAGUUCGCGCUGGAAAAGAUUGAGACCAUCGAUUUCCACGAGGAAAAGGACAUCGGUGGAAUUAAAAUUUCGUGCUACAGGGCAGGCCAUGUGCUGGGUGCAUGCAUGUUCCUGGUAGAGAUGGACGGUGUGCGUAUUCUGUACACGGGUGACUACUCAACAGAGCUCGACAGGCACGUCCCGUCAGCUGAGAUACCGCCCAUUAACGCGCACCUGCUCAUAUGCGAAAGCACGUACGGAAUACGCGUCCACGAAGAAAGGCUGCAAAGGGAGAGGCGGUUUCUGAGGGUGGUCCUUGAAAUAGUCACUAGAGGAGGGAAGUGUCUUUUGCCUGUAUUCGCCCUAGGGAGGGCACAGGAGAUAUUGCUCAUUUUGGACGAGUACUGGGAGGCGAAUAGUAACCUACAGUCCAUUCCCAUCUUCUACAUCUCCCCACUCGCGCAGAAAUCACUCAGGGUUUACGAAACAUUCGUAGGACUCUGCGGUGAAUACGUCAAAGAGUGCGUGUACAACGGGUUCAACCCCUUCAACUUCAAGUUCGUCAAGUACGCAAAAUCGGUGGGUGACAUAGAGCCCUACCUGCGCUCAGAUACUCCUUGCGUUGUUAUUACUUCGCCGGGCAUGCUGCAGGGAGGCCCGUCGCUCCAAAUCUUUGAAAAAAUAGCCUCGGAUAACAAAAAUGGAGUGGUGCUCACCGGGUACACCGUCAAGGGUACACUUGCAGACGAGCUUAGACGGGACCCAGAAGUCGUCAGCAUAGGAACCAAAACCCUUAAGCGAAAGUGCGCAGUCGAACAAAUUUCGUUUAGCGCACACGCCGAUUACAACCAGACCAAGGAUUUUAUCCGGAAGCUAUCGGUGCCAAAUGUCAUUCUGGUUCACGGAGAACGCACAGAAAUGGCUCGUAUGCGCGACAAGCUGACGGAGGAAAUACCAGAACUUUCGGUAUUCACCCCAGAGGUGCUGCAAAUGGUCACGCUCAGCUUCCCGCCUGACGUGGCCAUCAACGCCGUCGGGCAGCUAGCAGACGACAUCAAAGAGAAAAUGCUCAAUGGGGCAGUUGGUAGUGACGACGGGCAGUUGGCGAGUGUUGUUAUAGUAAAGGACAGCGAGUCCAAGGUCAUGUAUGCAGACGACAUCGAAAACUGCGCAACUAUGGCAAUCAACUACCUCGACCAGGAAAUGGCGAUAGGAUUCAACGGGGGAUUGGAACAACUCAAAACUGCAGUCGGUGCCGUAUAUGACGACGUCAAGGUUGUUUCAAAAAACACCAUCGUAGUUGCGGAACUCGUGACAGUUAUCGUCACCGCAGACCGCAUGACACUGAGGUGGAGAGCUAGCCCGGUCGCAGACCUCAUCGCAGACAGCAUUAGCAUGCUCGCCGUGCAGCUAAUAGUGCACCCGCAACAAUCCACAGAAGAAGCGGAAAUGAUCAACAAGAUAAAGGAUGAGGAGGUCUUCUUUUCCGUGGCGGAGAUGCAACUUGCUACGAAAUUCGGCCAACCUACACAGGUGAAAGUGGAGGAGGAACAGGCAAAGCCCAACGCUGACAAAACCCUCACGUUCCAUAUUUACAAUCCGUUAGAGGAAAAUGCCCGCGUUGUGGCGAUGGAAGUUAACCUCUCCAAGUGCGAGGUCACUUGUGAGGACGCCGACGCCGCGAAGGUUGCUCUCGAUAUCAUUAAAACUGUGAAGGCUGCGCUACAGCCUAUCAACCCAUAG